GGAAAGCGGAUAACGCAUCUCUGAGCGACGAGGAGUUGAAGAAGCGCCUCACGAAAGAACAGUAUUACGUCACUCGGCAGAAGGGAACUGAGAGGGCAUUCACAGGGGAAUACUGGAACACUAAAACCCCAGGCGUCUACCAUUGCGUCUGCUGUGACACCCCUCUGUUUGAGUCAUCUACCAAGUUUGAUAGUGGCACUGGAUGGCCGUCAUAUUACCAGCCGGUUGGCGACAAUGUGAAAAGCAAGCUUGAUAUGUCGAUCUUCUUCAUGCCCCGGACCGAGUCCCUGUGCGCCGUCUGCGACGCUCAUCUGGGCCACGUUUUUGACGACGGGCCACCGCCGACGGGGAAGAGAUACUGCAUCAACAGUGCGUCUCUGAAGUUUAAGCCCCAGUAGUCCCUGGAAGAAGAAUCAAGAUGCAAGCACUAGCGUGUUCCAUGUGAGCUUUGGUUGUGGUAUGAACUAUUUCCAGUGUAGUAGCCUAGUCUGUGCAGACCCGUUGUGCACAUGUAAAUUGAUAAUUUUCAGGUUUGUAAAGCCAUUUGUCUGAAGCAUCUGCCUGUUCCUCCA